AUGGCACAUCAUCUGGCGCUGGCCUGCUGCUUGGGGCUCGUCGCUGCCCAGAACACGACGGCGAAUUUCACGGCUAACUUGGUCGCUUCCUUGCGAGGGUGCCAAGCUGGGAAGGUGCACUGUGCAGACCAAAGCCCUGGAUGUUCUGGGUUCGCGCAGGUCCGUGCUGUGGCAACAUGGACUGCCGUUCUUCCGACUCCUCUGCGGGAAGCAUCUGUGUUCGGCAUCAUCAGCAGUACGUGGCUGAGCAUGGCACUUGCGGUGGUCCCGGCCAACAGACGCGGCAAUGCUGUGGCAACGCAGAGUGCCGACCCUUGCUAG